ACUAUGUAUGGCUAGCUGAAGAUUCUCUUAGGUGCGCCAGACGUCCUUCCCUUCCACAAAUGCUUAGCAGGACCCCUUCUUAGAGGACAUCCUUUCACCGUGCUCAUCUUAGAGAUCUUCUGCAAGCGGAUUCAGUCAACUUAUGACUUAGAAACAUGCAGGGUGCAAGUGUAUUGAUUGUUUUAGGAUGUUGCCUGGGCUGGGUAUCAUCGGCCUUCCUGAACCACAGGCCCUUCCCUACAUACAGUUUAGAAAAUAUGCCCGAUACUGACUUCACUUGUAGGGAAAAAAUUUUAGGUGGUUACUAUGCCGACGCUGAUGCUCAAUGUCAGAUGUUCCAUGUUUGCGUUAAAGUUGCUGGAGUAGGCAUACAAGACUUCCGGUUCCUGUGUCCCAACGGCACAGCUUUCGAUCAAGAUCAUCAGAUUUGUGCCGAAUGGGAAGACGUUGACUGUGAUGCUACGACGCUUUACUAUUCCAGCGACAACUUCGACCUUUACCGUAUUGGCUCAGGCUUCGAGUCCAAAGCUGUGAAAUAUGGAGAGGACGAAGAAACUUUUGCCUUACAACGCGCUGAAACUGGAGACGCGAGGUUGAACCGUGAUCAUCAGUCCAACAGAGUAAAUCAGCAAAAAGACAACUUUAAGUACAAUAAGUCUAAAGUUAGCUCUAGGCCUGCACAACAAAGUAACAAUAACUAUAACAAUAACAACAACAAUAACAACAACAACAACAACAACAACAACAACAACAAUGAAAGGGACAUCUUCAAGGGUUCAAGCAGCUCCAAUUUCUUUAACAACAGAAACAAUGGCAAGGAAACCGAUGAGGAUUACGAUGAUAAUGUGAAUGUCAACCAAGAUAAUGACUAUGCCCAGAAGAGGAAGAUUGUUCGUAAACAACAAAGAAGACCUGUACAACAACAAAAUACAGAUGAAGAAGAGGAGCAAGUUCCACAGCAGCAACCGCAACAACAAAAGCAAAAAACCCACAUCAGAACCCGCCCAGCAAAUACUGAAAGGCCACAGCAACGUCAAACAGGUUUCGUAAACAACUUUGCUGGUAGCUCCUACAUCCCAACCACGUCUCGUCCAACCACCACAACGACUGAAGAACCUGCCACUACAGUAGCGCAAAGAAGAGUCAGAACCAGGCAGAGAGUGCAGCAAUAUAACAACGCCGAUAACUUUAGACAGCAACCUAGUAGCCCACAGUACACUGUGAGUACGCCAGCACCUUUCAACAACAACCCACCUGUAAGGCAGAAUAACAACAAUGGGCAAUAUUAUACCACAACACCAGCCAGCAAGAAACAGACCACCGAAAACUAUCCCCAACCAAUCAAUAAUAACAAUUACAACCCUCAGUAUGAUAUUCCCAAAGUAAAACAAACAAAACAAACUGAAAACUAUCCCACUACAUCGAACAACAACAAUCAGUUUGUUAAGAGUAAGGCUACCACUGAAGCUGACAAUUACCCAAGCAACAACCCUCAAAAUUUGAAUAAAAAACCUACAACUCCGUUCAAACAACCCGAUAACUACCCAACCACAUUCUCCCCAAAAGCGAAGCCUUUUACUGUAUCAGGGAACUCGCAGAGUAACUUCCCCACAACAUUUGCUCCACGUACAAAUGCCGCCUACACUCAAAUCACUGCUCAGACCGUGAACUACAAGAACAACAAUGACGCUAAUAAUAAUAACAAUCAGCAAUACAACAACAACAAUCAGCAGCUUGCUCAAAAAUCCACUACACAGCAGUUCAAUAGCCAAAAAUCCACUACACAAUUCAACAAUCAGUUCAGUCAGAACUUUGCUCAAAAAUCAACCACUCAACAGCAAAACAACGGCCAAUACAAUCAACAACAACAACAGCAAAAAUCAACCACUCAAUACAAUAACUUCAACAAUCAGAAUCAAAGAUCGACCCCAAGCCAAAACAGUCAAACUCCAUUCGCCAAGCAGUUCACAAACCAACCCAACAGCACACCGAGAACAACAGCUUUCACCCAGUACACCCCGACGGUACCAAAAAUCAGCUCUACAACUCCUGUAGCUAGAUCAAACAGAUUUGACGAAACAUCUUAUGACGAUGGUUCGUACAGCACCAAAUAUGACUACGAUGGCGACAAAAAAGACGACGAGUUCUUGAAGACAGCUCACAGUCAAAACAUCGCGAGCAGCCGCAAUGAGUUGGCUAAAUCCGCGAAAAAUACCCCACAAACAACCCAAAAACCCUACUACGAAUCUCCAAGACCUUUCAGCGUAACUGCUAACACACCAAGAGCAGCCCAAACCACAAACUACAAACAAACCCCUCAAGUAGCAACUAAGAACACUGCUGCCCCCAAGGAGGAGCAGAAGAGGCCGGCCCCAAGUCCCCCCAAAAAAGUUAAGGACAUCAGUUACGACUACGCGUAUUACGAUUCGAAUGCCAGCAGUGGGGAGCCAGAGUACGAAAUCGAUACGGAAUUUAAGAAAUCAACAGUAAAAAACUAGUUAGGUUAGGUUUUUAGUUAUUGUUAUUAAGUCUGUUAAUUUAAUUAUUAAAUUUUUAUUAAAACAAUGUGACAGUAUUUUGAAACUAUUUAAUGAGAACCAAUCUUCUACGAGUCCACUUAUUUUAAGAUUGUACAUAUUGUAUUUUAUAAUAAAAGUAAAAUAAGAA